CAGACCAGACCUUUAAUCCAUAAGCAGAGCUACUCCACCUGGUAGCGUUCAUGCACACGAGGUGAACUUUUCUCAGACGGUGCUGCAGAAACACACUCAUGGAUUCUGGACCUGGACGCUCUCCGCUACUUUUUCUAAGAGUUGUUAUGAUUUCUGCUGCAGCAUGUGCGGUCAACCUUGAGGGACAACUUUUCAAAGAUCUGAUGAAGGGCUACAACAAGAACGUGCAACCGAAUGAGAAAAAUGGAAAUGUCACCCAAGUCUCCAUCAAGAUGACUCUCACCAACCUCAUCUCUCUGAAUGAAAAAGAGGAAGUUCUGACAACCAGUGUGUGGAUAGAAAUGGUUUGGUGUGACUACAGACUGAGGUGGGACGAACCACCAAGAUCAGCUUUAUAUGGGAACAUAACAUCUCAACUACGGGUUCCCUCCAAAAACAUCUGGCUGCCCGAUGUCAUAUUAGAAAACAAUGUGGAUGGACAAUUUGAGAUAGCGUAUUACUGUAACGCACUGGUAUCCCCGGACGGCUGUGUGUACUGGCUGCCUCCUGCCAUCUACCGCAGCGCCUGCGCCAUCACAGUGAACUAUUUUCCCUUUGACUGGCAAAACUGCACAAUGGUCUUCCGAUCCCAGACUUACAGCGCCAGUGAGAUUGAACUGAAGCUCAAGAAGAAAGAUAACUAUACACUGGAGUGGGUGGAAAUUGAUAAAGAAGCUUUUACAGAGAAUGGCGAGUGGGCGAUCAAACACAGACCAGCCAAGAAGAUAAUCAACACUCAGUAUACCAAAGACGACCUGGAGUACCAGCAGAUUGUUUUCUUCCUCAUCAUCCAGAGAAAACCUGUUUUCUACAUCAUCAACAUUAUUGUUCCCUGCGUACUCUUCUCCUCCCUCGGCCUUCUGGUUUACUUUUUACCUGCCAAAGCUGGUGGCCAGAAGUGCAACAUGGCUAUUUACUCUCUUCUGGGCCAAACCGUGUUUCUCUUUCUAAUCGCUAAGAAAGUACCAGAGACGUCAAAAGCAGUGCCUCUUAUUGGAAAAUAUUUGAUGUUUGUGAUGUCAGUGACCACCGUUGUAAUAAUAAACUGCGUGAUUGUCCUCAAUGUGUCCUUAAGAACCCCAAACACUCACAAAAUGACAGACAAAGUUCGCAAGAUCUUCCUGAACGUGUUGCCUCAACUGCUCAGGAUGAGGAUGAAGCCCUGGACGCCAAACUGUGAAAGAGCCUCUGAAACUACUGAUGGAAAAACUCUUGGCAGAGACAGAAUCCACAGCCGGCGCCGCAGCUCUGUUACCCUCAUCGCCAAAGCAGAGGAAUAUUUAGUAAAAGUGGCUCGAUCUGAGCUGAUGUUUGAAAAACUCAAAGAGAGGAACGGAUUAAUGAAGUCGGUGUUAGAAAAGCUUCACGAUGGGCUGACAGGAGGCACAGCGGAGCAGCUUAGCGUCAGUCUGGCUCAGGCCUCUCCGGAGCUGAGGCAGUGUGUGGAGUCCUGCAAACACAUAGCAGAGACUGCAAGGCAGCAGAACAGCUUCCAGAGUGAAAAUGAAGAAUGGUUCCUGGUUGCUCGGGUGAUCGACAGGGUCUGCUUUAUUGUCAUGGCAUUAGUGUUUUUCAUCGGCACGACCGGCAUCUUCCUAAUGGGCCACUUCAACCAGCCUCCUUCCAAACCGUUUGGUGGGGAUCCAAAGGAGUAUCUCCCUCCAUUAGACAAUCACACCGAUGUAACAGAAUAGGAGCAAAUCUCCUGGACUGAACCAGGAUGAAGGAAGGAGGAAGACCUCAGGCCUUUCACUUGAAAUACAACCAGCAUCACUGCCUGUUGGGCGAACUGAACUCUGAAAGCUGCACCAGGAUCAUAGGAGAGAGCUACACUGCCCGCAUCCUUGAGUGUAUGCUACUGAACACAAUGCAGAACCUGUAACCUGAUGUGGAGUUUCUUACACAAAGUUUCAUUAUUUUCUGGUUGUGAGAAAGUAAGGUGUGUUGACUUUCACUGUUCUUGUUAAUUGUU